GAUGAAUGGACAAGUUGUUGACCAAUCAGGAGCAUGUGACCGGUGAAUAUGUAGGCUGCUCAGCAUCAGCUGGCCGCACUCAGACUGUCACUGCAUCACACACACACUUAUACACUCUAACAACACAGUUAGUGACAUAGGCUGCUUACAGAAACACACACAUCAGUCUGCUUUAUAUUCAUCAUCAUCAGUCGUCUGACAUCCGUCCAUCAUGCACAGCAAAGAACAAAUCAGUCAUGAUGAAUACCAGAAGACAGCUGACUGGCUGAUGUCUCAGACGAAGCACCGCCCCCAGGUGGCAAUCAUCUGCGGGUCUGGACUGGGCAUGCUCGCUGACACCCUCAAAUGUCAGGAUUCCUUCCCAUAUAGUGACAUACCGGGCUUCCCACAGAGCACAGUGAAAGGUCAUGCAGGUCGGCUGGUUUUCGGGGAGCUGAAGGGGAAGACAUGCGUAUGCAUGCAGGGUCGCUUCCACAUGUAUGAAGGACACUCACUCUGCAAGACGACGUUUCCAGUUCGAGUCUUCAAACUGUUGGGGGUGGAGACUCUGAUCGUGACGAAUGCUGCCGGCUCAUUGGCCGAUGGUCUCCAGCCUGGUGACAUCAUGAUCAUCAAAGACCACGUCAACUUCCCCGGACUGGUCGGUCUGAACCCACUGAGUGGACCCAACGAUGAAAAGUUCGGGCCUCGUUUCCCAGCCAUGUCAGGUUGCUAUGACAAAGGCCUGCGUUGCCUAGCGAAGGAGAUCGCCAAGCAGCUGGGCGUGGCCGGCCUCAUGCACGAGGGCGUGUACGCCAUGGUGGGUGGGCCAACCUUUGAAACCAUCGCUGAGGCCAGACUGCUGCAUCGACUGGGGGUGGACGCUGUCGGUAUGAGUACGGCUCCUGAGGUCGUCAUGGCGACUCACUGCGGUCUGAGAGUUUUCGGCCUUUCUCUGAUCACCAAUAAGGUGGUGAAGAGUUACGAGGAUUCGGACAGCGUGAACCAUGAUAGCGUCUUGGAGGUCGGCCGUCUGCGCUCUCAAACUGUGCAGCAGCUGGUGACCGAACUGAUAAGCAGGAUGGAGAUCAAUAACAACAACACCCCCAAUAAUGCUGUCUGAACACACACACACACACACACACAAAGAAGUAGUAUAAGAAUAUUACCUACACACAGCAAAAUAUGUAUGAGUGUCCUUCAAUAUGUGUUUAUACUUGAUUGUUGAAUUGACAAAGUUUUUUAGAACAUUCUUGUAUUUUAUCAUACUUUAUGUUAUUUUUUACUUUUGUUAUCAUAAACACUUAUUUAUAUCAACAUGGUGCCUAAUAUUUCUCUAUCGGGGUACAUUUUUGUGUAAGUAUUUAUGUAUGAUAUUUUCUAUUAAUCCUACAGAUUAAUAUAAUGAUGACCGCUGUGUCUGAUGGUGCUUUAAUAUAAAACAAACAUAAGUGACAAAGAUGUUUCUAAAGAUUCUUCUCUUGUAUAUUUAUUUUGUACAAACAUUCACUGACCAUGUUAAUCUGAUUAAAAAAAACAUGCUGACAAAC